AUGGACUCGAAAGCCGAGCCAGCAAACGACGACCACCCUUCUCACGACGUGCACCAGGGGCAAAUGUUUGUUAAGGAGGUUUACGAAGCGCUCAGGUCGGGCCCGCAGUGGAACGAGACGCUACUCGUGAUCACGUACGACGAGCACGGUGGGUUUUACGACCAUGUACCCACGCCAAAUGUGGGUGUGCCGAGCCCCGAUGGGAUCGUGGGGCCCGACCCGUUUUACUUCAAAUUCGACCGGUUAGGAGUUAGAGUCCCGACUAUUGCCGUCUCGGCGUGGAUCAACAAGGGAACCGUUGUUCAUGGCCCCAACGGCUCGCCUACUCCAACAUCGGAAUACGAGCACUCUUCAAUUCCGGCCACCGUACGGAAGAUUUUCAACCUGACAUCGCCGCCUCUUACAAAGAGAGAGGAAUGGGCAGGCACUUUCGACAGCAUUCUUAAUAUCCUCAAGGAGCCCAGAACUGAUUGCCCUGAGCAACUCCCCAGUCCAGUCGAAAUAAGGCAGGGAGAAGCAAAUGAGGAUGCCCAAGUGAGUGAGUUUCAACAAGAGCUUAUACAGCUUGCAGCUGUUCUCAAAGGAGAAGAUAUACUGACGAGCUACCCCACGAAGAUCGGCAAGAACAUGAGCGUGAGGCAAGGGAAAGAGUACAUGGAGAGUGCGGUCAAGAGCUUUUUCGAAGCCGGUUUUGCCGCUAAAAGGAUGGGCGUGGACGACCAACAAAUCGUGAAGAUGAGACCCUCCCUCUCUACAAGACCUUGA